AUGGCUACCAUCCCUGCAAGAAACCAUGAAAGCAAAGUCACUUGUGGUUGCCUCGGUCGAACUGUGACACAACCAAUGGCUGCUUCGUCUGAGAUGGACAUAGCAGAAGGUAUCAUUGCGGCUGAAUUGAAUGGACUUUCGAUUCAGGAAAGAGUCACUGCCUUGGAUGACUUGCAUUGUGUCGGCCAAGGUGAAGAAGACGACCCGGAAAUGAUCCAAAGCGCACUAGAUAAAUUUGAAGAAGAGGUUCUCAUGGCAAACCAUCCUGCAUACAACUUGGCAGUGAUGAAGCAAAAUCCAUACGUUGAAGACUCUGAAUAUCGACUUCGGUUCCUCAGGGCGACAAUAUUUGACGUAAAAAAGGCAGUCCGACACAUGCUUAGCCUGUUGCAGUACCAAGCUGAAUACUUUGGCGUCGACACGCUCGGCCGUAAAAUUGUUCUGUCUGAGCUGAAGAAAGAAGAAGCGAUGCUCAUGCUAAGAGGAAUACAUCACUAUUCUAUGCAGACAGACAGAAAUGGUCGAUAUGUGACCUAUGUCUUCAGCAACACUUUAUUGGCUGGUGUCCCAGUGGAAACUAUCAUUCGAUCUUGUCUGUAUGCCAAUCAGGUCUUCUCUUCGUUUCCAGAGGCACAAAAGAAGGGUUUAGUAGGCGUCUACAUGGGUAUUGGUGAACCCGAUGAAUCCGUACAGCUGGGUCCAAGAUACUUCAGUUGGUUCUUUAAAUUGAUCAAGUUUAUCGUAUGCCUUCCAAUCAAGUUCUCAAGUUCGCACUUCUGUAUCAAUAUCGCCAACAGCAAGAACGUGGCGAUUCACAAAAAUGUUAUUGAGACCUUCAUCAAGGCCCUUCCUAGUUACGCGAGGGUGAGAACAAAGCUUCAUUAUGGGAGUGCACUGGAGAUCCGUUACAGCCUUCAGAGUCAUGGUAUUCCGAUGGACACUUACCCGAUAGAUUCCAAUGGCAACAUUCGACAAGAUAUGAUUGAUAGCUCCUGUCUCAAGCACUACGGCAUUGAUGCUUCCAACUACAGAGUAAACCCAUCUUUCGAUUUGGUGCCGAAUAAUGCAGUGACAGGUGUGAUACCUCCGACCCCCGCCUCUUCUCAGCAGAAUAGAAUGGGUCAUAUUGCUCUGCUUGAACCCAAACCUACUGAUGUGCUACUUGGACGUGGAAAACCACUUCAUAAUCACCCUGGAAAUAUCCAGUUAAGAGCAAUGAUUGAGGAAUGCCAGGAAGAAUACGAUGCGAUUGGUAGACUGGAGAAACGUCAAAUGAUCCAGAACAUCAAGCGUGCGUGUCAUUCCAAAGGCACCCGAUUUCUCAAGCAAUAUGGCAAGAGGACCUGGGUUCUCGCUAAUUCCGCUGAAGCUGACGAGAAGAUACGGCAACGAUUUAGGUCUGGUAGGAAGGAACGGUAA